AUGCUUGCCGGUCCAUCGGACUUCAUGGCAAUGGCGAAAGCACAUAACAUUGCUGGAUGUUCAGGUAUCCCCAAGGACUCCCAAAAUGCCGCAACCCAAUAUGUGGCCUUAGCAGUUCACCCAAAACACGACAUCACCAAGGAAGGAAUUCCUAAUCAGGAACGAGUUACUAUUAAAGGAGAAAUGGUCUUGGAAGGAAUAUCUAAACCUCCAGCAAAUACAGAUGUCGGGGCUGCGAUGGCGGAGGAUCCGCAUGAAAAGCUCGUAUGCAUUGGAAGUGAGUCGGCCAACUUAGGCGAACUAAAGGUAGAUAAAGGGUUUAGAUCAAGUCUUCCCAGACCAUGCCUCACCCCAGACCAGUCAACACUGCUCGUAGAUCUGGUACGCAAAGGUCAACCCAUAUCCGGUCCAGGAUCUCCGCUACAUACUCGAAUUAGUGAUUCGGGAAAUAUACUGGCUCUUGAAGCAUCUUUUCUGGAUAACGACAGAACCAACAAUGUUGCUAUGGAGAAUACAUUCGACCUCCUUAUCGAUAGGCUACGAAAGGAACUGGAUCAUGUCAAUCAAAUCAUUGAGGACGGUUCCAAACCUGUUGAGUCAACUGGUAUAGGAAUAUAUCUGCUAGGUCGCAGACAGGAACUGGAAAAGGAGAUGGCAGAAGUUAUCGAGAUUGGCCCGAGGAGGAAGCAUCUAAAGGAGUACGGCUCGAUUCUGGCGUGCCCAAGAGAUGGUGAUGGUGCCGGAAGCGCCGACGCCUCCCGGGGAUCGAAAACAGGAAACUCCCCUCUCUCCUAA